CUCUCCAUUGUGGGUGGGUCCUGUCUCGGAGAGCUUCACUUCUCGACACCCAAAAGUCGUCGUACAGAUUAGACAAUCCGUUUCCUGGCCUUGCCGCAUCUGCGCUAUGGUGGCCGUCGACCCUGCGACGCGGAAGCGUGUGCUUCGGGUUGUCAUCGUGUCGCUUCUUCUGGAUCUGAUAUCCUUCACAUUCAUCCUGCCUCUCUUCCCAAAGCUGCUAGAGUUCUACCGGGACCGCGAGGCCCCUGACCUGAUCCUCAAAGAUGCACCCAGUACUUUCCUUCAACAGGUCCUCGGAGGCUUGAAUGCAUACAAGUCGUCUUUCUCGCGACCAAUCGACUCGCGAUAUGACAUUGUUCUUCUCGGUGGAGCACUGGGCUCCUUAUUUUCCCUCCUGCAAGCCAUCGCGUCUCCCAUGAUCGGCCACUUUUCUGACCGCUACGGCCGUCGCCAUGCGCUGCUGGCCUCCAUGUGCGGGAACAUGCUGUCUGUGCUCCUCUGGGUUGUGGCAGUCGACUUCCGCACCUUCGUGGCUAGCCGCGUCGUGGGUGGCCUCUCCGAAGGCAAUGUCCAGAUUGCUACCGCCAUGGCUAGCGAUAUCUCCGACGAGACGACGCGAGGGUCCACCAUGGCCAUCAUUGGCGCCUGCUUCUCUGUGGCUUUCACUUUCGGCCCCGGCCUAGGGGCAUGGUUGAGCACGGUUACCACGGCAUGGGCCAACCCCUUUGCUGUGGCAGCAGGAUUCAGCCUGUUCCUGAUCAGCGUUGAAACACUAUACCUGUACUUCUGUCUGCCGGAAACACUGCCAUCACUAACUGGCAGGGAGACAGCCACAGGGAAUACUCCCAACGACAAGAGUGGAACGAAGACAGCAGCAAAGCAGGUCGAGCGGACCAACUCACGCUUCCUGCUCUAUGCAACUCACUUUGUGUUUCUCUUGUUCUUCUCGGGAAUGGAGACGUCGCUGUCUUUCAUGACGUAUGACCUGUUCCAGUUCACCUCUGCAAAGAAUGGUAGGCUGCUUGGAUAUAUCGGCCUAGUAGCCUCCAUCUUCCAAGGAGGCGUCACGAGACGACUGACUCCCCUAAUGUCCGUACGGAUCGGAACAGUCGCCUGCCUCACAGCCUUUAUCCUCCUCAGCCGCCUUUCCACACUCGGAGGCCUCUAUACCGCAGCGACUUGCCUCGCCGUCACGUCAGCCACAGUGGUAACAGGACUCAACGCUCUCAGCAGCUUCGAGGCCAACGAGCACGAACACGGAGGGAAGCUAGGCAUUAUGCGAAGCUGGGGCCAGCUGGGUCGUGGGCUGGGACCGAUUCUAUUCACGAGCGUAUACUGGUGGGCUGGAAGAGAAUAUGCGUAUACCAUGGGUUCGAUGGGCGCUCUUGUCGUCGUCACGGUCGCAUUUUUGGGGCUGAAGGCUCCCAAGGGGAUGACUCGUGUGAAGGCGACUGAGAAGAAGGGCCAAUAAACGCAAUCGA